UGUGUCCUCUCCGAGUACCAGGCCUUCAGGGAGAACGUGCUGAAGAACCUGGAUGACAAGGCUUUUGAUAAGCCCAUCUGCGAGGCCCUCUUAAACCAGAAGUUUUUCAAUGGAAUUGGGAAUUACCUCCGUGCUGAGAUCCUGUACAGGUUGAAGAUCCCUCCCUUCGAAAAGGCUCGGACCGUGCUGGAGGCCCUGAAGGAUCAGGAGCAGAAUCCUUCCCUGACGCUGAGCAAGAAGCUGAAGCUGAUGCGGGAGAACCUGGAUCUCCUGGAGCUGUGCCACACUGUGCCCAUGGAGGUCAUCGCGGCGGAGAAGCAGCUCCUUGACCCAGAUCACUCAGAUAACCACACCGCUUUCAAGAACUGGCUGCAGUGUUACCUGGUGCCUGGCAUGAGCUCCCUGCGCGACCGCAAUGGCAGGACCAUAUGGUUCCAGGGAGAGCCUGGCCCCAUGGCUCCCAAAGGGCAGACGUGCCGCAAGAAGUGCGCUCGGCUGAAGGCAGCUCCCGAGGCGCAGACCCCCAAGGUCACUACGCGUGCCUCGAAAACGCACCCCAAGGCUGCAGCGAAAGCCCUGAAGCCAGCUGCGGAGGAGCAGGUGGCCGACGGGCCGAGGAAGGGACGUUCCCGCGGGAGGAGGAAAGCGACUGCUGCUCCGGCCUCCUCCGAGCCUGAGGCGCCGGUCAAAGCCAAAAGAAGCCGCCGGCCAGCUGCGCGCAGGGGCGGAGGUGCAGCCCCUGCCGUCUGA